GAUCCACGAGGAGGUUCUGUUUACAGUAUGCCUUUUCAUUAUGUGUUGUGACGUGGCUCGUUGAAAAGUUAAAAACUUGAAAGUUUCGUUUUAAAAAGUUAUGCAUUUGACAAUUUAUAAGUUUUCAAUUUGAAACCAGACCGCCGAGGACAUCUAAGAAAAAAGGAGACCGAAGAUGAACAGGGGUAGAGACAAAAUGCGACGUGUACACGGUGGAAACUAUUACCAGCCUCUUCCCCAAAAUUACGACGGGAGUGCGGUGGCCGGCUUGGAAGAGGAAAACGACGCGAUGACAGAGAAUCUGAAGGACAAAAUCGGUGCUCUCAAAUCACUAUCAAUCGACAUCGCCGAUGAGGUCAAAUACCAGGACAAGCUUCUAAGGGACAUGGAUGAGGACUUCGACCGGACAGGAGGUUUCCUCGGCAACACCAUAAACCGAGUAUUGCGCCUGUCCAAAGGAAGCCACAACUAUUACAUUUUAUACCUGUUCUUGUUCUCUUUUUUUGUAUUCUUUAUAUUGUACAUUGCAUUGAAGUUUAGAUAAAAUAAAACAAAACAUUGGUUAUCACAUAAAAAAUUGUGGUCAUCAUUAUUAGAAUAUUUAAAAAAAAAAAAAUAAUAAUAAUUUAAAUGCAUAUUUAUAUAUCGGUUUUUAGCUACCAGAUAGAAACCUUGUAAUUGACUGGAAAAGUAAUUUUUGGUAUCAGUAUGCUGGGUUACAUGAUAAAAUGUGAAAUUGUAAAUAUAAUUAUAUUGUAAAUGGAAAUUUUAUAAUAAUAUACGAUGAGUACAAUAAUUAUCGAACUUA